AUGGUCAUCACUGGCUCGCUUAACACAAUAUGUGCAAAGUGGGCUGACAAACUCGAAGCAAUGGGCCAAGAAUUUCACCACCCAUUUCUCCAGGCAACAUGCAUGUUCAUUGGCGAAUUCCUGUGUAUGGGCGCUUUCCUCAUCAUGUUCGCCUAUAAGAGAUAUCGCUGGAAUAAGGAUAAAGAAAACGGUAAUUCAGACGGUUUUUCCCCAACAAAUCUCCUUUCACUUUCAAUCCUUCUGUCAGGUUCAGUUAUCAUCAGAGAUGAAUCACGCAUAUAA